AUUUAUUUAUGAACGGGGAACACUAUAAUGCGCCCAACAAAGCGAAACUACAAAAAAAAAAAACUCAACAGUAAAGCAAGCAGAUUCUCCAGACGAAAAAGAAGGGUCUAGACUCCAGAUCGAGCGAAAAACCGUACCAGACAGACACUACAUAUUUCUCAUCUCAGCGGGAAGUUUCUGUUUCUGUUUCUUUAGUUUCUCCGAGUCCGAAGGUGGGAGAGUGGGACACAACUAUCGCUAGUCGCUAAGCCAUGUGCUCGCUCAUGAAACUUCGCAAGCCCUUCUUCUUCUGCACUAAUUCUCUAACCUCACUCUCACUUCGGCGCUUAUCCUCCACGCUCUCUGCCCAACCUUCUUCUUCUUCUUCACAGCAAACAAGCUCUACCUUCAUUCACCCUUCUGCCAUUGUACACCCUAAUGCUCUUAUUUCCCAGGGUGUUUCCAUUGGUCCUUUCUGCACUGUUGGUUCCUCUACCAAGCUUGGGCAUGGCUGUCAAUUACAUCCUGGGAGCCAUAUAUUUGGAAAUACUGAACUGGGGGAGCAUUGCAUUUUGAUGACUGGCUCUGUGGUUGGUGAUGAUCUUCCUGGGCGUACAGUUGUGGGAUGCAAUAACAUUAUAGGCCAUCAUGCUGUGGUAGGUGUUAAGUGCCAAGACUUGAAGUACAAGCCAGGGGAUGAAUGUUUCCUUGAUAUUGGCGACAAUAAUGACAUCAGAGAACAUUCCUCAAUCCACCGUUCUUCAAAGUCAAGUGAAAGGACGGUUAUUGGUGAUAAUAAUCUUAUAAUGGGAUCUUGUCAUAUAGCCCAUGAUUGCAAGGUUGGCAACAACAAUAUUUUUGCAAACAAUACUCUACUAGCUGGCCAUGUUAUGGUGGAAGACUAUGCUCACACUGCAGGUGCAAUCGUUGUUCAUCAAUUCUGCCACAUUGGUUCGUUCUCUUUUAUUGGUGGAGGUUCUGUGGUUUCACAAGAUGUCCCAAAGUACAUGAUGGUGACUGGAGAGAGAGCCGAGCUUCGUGGCUUAAAUUUGGAGGGUCUUCGGCGUCGUGGAUUCACAGCUGCAGAGAUAAAUAGUCUGAGAAUGGCUUAUCGAAAGAUAUUUAUGCCUGUUGAUGCAAAUUCUGCCAGUUUUGAAGAGCGUCUUGCUGAAGUGGAGCAGAAUGAAGAAUUGGCACAUAUUCCUGCAGUUUGUUCCAUGGUGCAAUCUAUUCGGAACUCUUUCUCAGAAGAUCGUCGUGGAAUAUGCAAGUUCAGACAUUGGAUAUAGUCUAAAUGACACCUAAUUUGUGGAUUAAAACAGUGGUUUGGACCAAAGCUGUUAGCAGUUUCUGCCUAAGAGCAUCUGAGCAAUUGUUUUUAGAAGCUGCUAUAGACUUAUUCUGUAUUGUGAUGACGAGUUAACCUAAUCUAUUAGCAGUUUCUAACUAAGAGCAAAUGAAUUGUUUUUAGAAGCUGCUGUAGACUAUUUUGUAUGGUCAAAACUCUGACGUGUAGCUUUUGGUUGACUUUGUUAUGAAGUUCAAUCUAUAGCAAUUAUUUAUUUCUUUUAAAUGGAAGGAUUGUUGUAUUGGCUAAGGCUGAAUGUGGAAAAAAGUUGCAGAAGCUAAAAAUAGUGGUAACAGAUUAAAGAGGGAGAAAGUGAUUUGCCUAUACA